AAAGAAAGAGAGUGAGUGAACAUAAAGGGUGCUAUGAGCUCCACAAAAUAACUUCCAAUGGCAGCAACACUCUCUCAUUCCUCACUCUAUCCCUUCAAUUCUCUCUCUUCUUCUUCAACAACAAUCUUUUCAUCUUUAUGCCAUUUUACAUGCUGUCCUUCUUUUUCAACAAAGCUUGAUUUCCCAGUCUUGUCAACAUCAUGUUUUUCCCAAUUUCACCAAUUCUUCCCAUGCCCCACAAAUCAUCAUCCCAUUUUGCUCUUUGUUGGUUUUGAUUCACCCCCUUUGGAUACUCAAACUUUUCUUGCUACUAUCAGUGUUUUAACUGCCAUUGCUCUCUCCCUCUUUCUUGGCCUCAAGGGAGAUCCAGUUCCUUGUGAUAGGUGUGCUGGGAAUGGUCAACCUUUUAUCCCUUUUGGUUUAAAUUGCUGUUAUGUGUGUGGAACAAAGUGCGUGUUUUGCAACGAUGGUAAGAUGAAGAAAGAAACAGGAUUAGUUGACUGCAAAGUUUGCAAGGGUGCAGGAUUAAUACUCUGCAAGAAAUGUGCUGGUUCUGGAUACUCAAAAAGGCUAUGACAUAUACUGCUUGUACUCUUUUCCCCUCUAGUUAUUGACUUGUGUUCUGAGGCUAAUUCACACAUACAUGAAAAUUUGAAGCUCACAUAUGAGGCUAUUUCUUUUGUUUAAAUAUUUGGCAUUCAUAUAUUUUUCUUUUUAAAAAGAAGGGUUACUAGUACUUUUGA